AUGUGUACUACUGUGCUCUGUUUUAACGACGGAAAACGUACGGCAAAUACCGGCGCUUCCGGUGCCCGCUAUGGCACCGUUCGGACCAAUGAAAUAAGUGAUGCGGGCGCACACAUAUUAUACCGAAUCAACGAAGCACGAAAGGCCACCCCCGACAAUAUUUAUUCCAAUAACUUGACUAGGACAGAGGUAGAGGAAGGCAUCAAGAAAGUGGUCGCUAUAUUCAAUGAGGUGACCGCCAAUUUCGAGUCCCAGGGAUGCCUGUCCCGCAGCGAGGAGAAAAUGAGAGAUUGGGUAUACAACUGCUAUUACGUGAUCGUAGAUAGAAUCAUCAGCGGAGGUGUGAACCAGGUGAUGGUGGGCGAGGGCGCCUACAUAUGGACAGAACCAUCGGUUAACCGCGUACCAGUGCCCGGGUAUCAGUUCCAGCUAGGUCCAUUGUUUAUCCGUGUUACUAAAGCGUAA